AUGGAUGCUAUACUAAAAGAAACCAAUGAAGAGAUAAAAUCAUUAUCUACAAAUGAAGAGAACCAAAAUUUAACGACAAAUGAAAUUGAUUCAUCUUCACAAUUAUCUCCUAUUGUUAAUACAACUAUUCAAGAUGAUUCUGAACAGGCGACGAUAUUAAAUGACUCUUUAAAUGUGACAAUUGAAGAUGAAAGACAACAAAAUUCAACACAAACAAAUGAAAUUAAUCAAAAAUUAAGUUCAAGUCGAUCGAAUUUACAUAAAUUCAAAGAAGAAUUAACACGAUAUGCACGUAAUGUUAUAACUAUACCACCAUCACUUCCAUCAAUUUUAACAAAUACAUCAUCAAUCAAUAAUAGUAAUAUUGAACAAGUUUAUUGGACUGAAAUUUGUAUUGAAAGAGGAAGAGAUUUAGCUGCUAAAGAUAUUAGUGGUUCAAGUGAUCCAUAUAUUAAAGUAUUAUAUGGUAAUGAAGAAAAAUAUAUAACAAAUAUUAUAUCAAAAAAUUUAAAUCCAGUGUGGAAUGAAAAAUUUACAUUUUUUGUACAUGAUUUAAAUAUUCCAAUUUAUUUUAAUAUAUUUGAUCAUGAUAUUAUUGGAGGUGAUGAUUCAAUGGGUACAACAAAAAUUGAUUUAUAUAAAUUACCAUUAGAUAAAUUAUAUGCUGCAACACUUGAAUUAGAAAAUGAACGAAGACGUGAUGGAAAAAUUGGUAUAAUUAAAAUUAGUAUUAUAAUAACACCAAAACCAAUUAAAUUUCGUGAUCAAGUUCUUCGUACAUUGGCAAAACGUUCUCAAAAACGAUCAUUUAUUGGUAGUCGUUCAAAAUCAAAUAAUCCAAUUAUACAACCUCGACGUACAAUUGAUGUUUUUAUAAUUCAAGGACGAAAUUUAAAAUCAGCUCGUAUUAAUAAAGCUUGUAAUCCGUAUAUUAAACUUAAAUUUGAUAACAAUAAAAAAUAUCGAACACAAACAAUAAAAUCUACUUGUAAUCCUGAAUGGUAUCAAUCAUUUAUGUAUGAUACAACUCUUAGUGAACUUCCACCAUUAGAAUUAACCGUUUUCGAUGAUACUAAUGUUACAGCAAAUUUUAUAGGCCGAGGAAUUUGUAAUCUAGCUCAUUUAGAUGAAGAACGAACACAUCUAAUACCAGUUGAUCUUGAAGAUGGUGCUGGUAUAAUUGAUUUAUUUGUAACAAUAACAGUCACAACAGCAUUACAAGAAGUAACUAAUGAUAGUGAAAGUUCAACUAAUGUUGCUCUUGAUUUUAUUCCAUCAAAAUUAUCUGAUGAAGAUAUUGAACAUUAUAAUUUUUUUUCUACACUUCGAUCAAUAGCUACAAUAUUUGAUGUUGGCAAACUUGAAAUCAAAAUUUAUCAAGCACGUGAUCUUAGUUCUAAAGAUAUAGGUGGUAAAUCAGAUCCAUUUUGCAUUGUUGAACUUGAUUCAAAUCGUUUACGUACACAUACAAUGCAUAAAACACUUGAUCCUAUCUGGAAUAAAUCAUUUGUUAUGCCUGUACAAGAUAUUCAUUCUGUACUUCAAUUAACAAUUUAUGAUGAAGAUACAAAUAAAAAUAAUGAAUUUAUUGGAAAAGUUGUAAUACCAUUAUUAGUUAUAAAAAAUGGUGAAAAGAAAUGGAUGGCAUUAAAAGAUCGAAAAUGUAUAUUACCUGUUAAAGGUGCUAUUGAAAUAGAAGCAACAUUUAUUUAUACAAAUCUUAAAGCAGUCAUUCGAACAUUUAAUCCAAGACAACAAUCAUAUUAUCAAAAUAAUGAAAAAUUUAAUCCCAUUGCCAUAAAACAACAUUUAAUACGUAUUCAAAAUAUGCUAAAAGGUGUCAUUAAUGUAGUAAAAUUUAUUGAUUAUAGUUUUCGAUGGGAAAAUCCACGAUUGAGUUUUUCAGUUUUAAUGGUAACUCUUAUUCUUAUUUGGAAUUUUGAAUUAUAUAUGUUACCUUCUUUACUUUUGUUCUUAUUGGCACGAAAUGUUAUUAUAGGAUAUCGUCGACGUUAUCUUGAAAAAUCUCAUGCAAAUAUAGAUAAUGAAACAGUAUCAGCCAUUGUACAAACAGAUCUUAUAGAUGAAGAAAUCCUAGAUAGUGAUAUUAAUACAAAAGAACAGAAGAUAUCAUUUACUAAUGUUAUACGUACAAUUCAGGAGACACUUAUUGAAAUACAAGGUUAUAUAGAUGCUACUGCUUCAACAUUAGAACGGAUUAGAAAUUUAUUUAAUUUCGCUGUUCCUUGGUUAUCAAUUCUCUUUAUUAUUCUACUUAUAUUUGUGGCAAUAGGACUCUAUUAUAUUCCACUUCGAUAUUUAAUUCUUGCAGUUAUCAUUAGAGAAUUUACAAAACGACUUGGUAAACCUAAAGAUUAUGUUCCUAAUAAUGAAUUGGCUGAUUUUAUGUCACGAUUACCUUCUGAUCCUGAACUAAUACGAUAUCGAGAACUUAAAGUUCCUUCUCCUUUAUCAACACAAAAAAAACAAUAA